AUGGCUGCAGCAGAAUCGCCGCCAGCAGGAGGAGAGGAUGGCGUCGUGGACAACAACGGCAGUAGCGGCGGUUCCAGUGGCGGCGGCGGCGGCGGCAGUAGCAGUGGUGUUAGCUACCGUGUGCUGGUGCACUGCCAGGCGGGGGUAUCUCGCAGCCCAGCAGUAGUGGCGGCCUGGCUCAUGCGCAGUCGAGGUUUGUCCGCGGAUGAGGCCCUUCGGCUGUUGGGCUCGCGGCGACCGGCAGUGGACCCCAACGAGGGGUUCCGGGCCCAACUGAGUUUGUUCGGGGAUAUGAAGUGCAGUUUGGUUCCGGAGCACCCAGUGUAUAAGAUGUGGUGCCUUCAGGAGUUGGCGAGUAGGUGGGAGGAGCAGGGCUUCGUCGAUCCAGUGGCGUUCGGACAGCUGCCCGAGGGACCCACGGGUCUGUCGGCAGCGGUAGCGGCGCAGCAGACACUGUACCGAUGUCGUAAAUGCCGUACACUACUGGCGACGUCAGAGCACGUGAUGCCGGUUGAAGCCGCAAUGGGUAGGUCGUUAUACGCCGCCGCCGCUACGGCGGCGGCUGACGGCGGCGGCGGCGCGGAGUCCUGUUUGUUCGUACAGCCGAUGCAAUGGAUGGCGGGCACUGUGACUGGUGUGGUGGCGGGCAAGCUGCACUGUCCCAAGUGCUCAGCGCGUCUGGGCUCGUUCAACUGGUCGGGCAUCUCCAACCCCUCGGGCGCCUGGGUGACGCCCGCCUUUCAGCUUCACCACUCCAAGGUACGGCAUUUGUACAGCAGAUGUACGGCGGGCGUUAGUCGUGAUUGGGUUUGUAUCCCAGGCACUUGA